GGUUUACCGAGAUGCGCAGGGCUUCGACGCGACGGAGGUCGGGAGGCUGCUGGUGAAUUACAAAUCGGGACGCGAAGCCACCAUGAACCACUUGCCUUAUUUGUGCGUUAUGAAUUACGGUGCGUUUUAGUGAGAAAAACUGUCUUCUUGGAGGGAGAAGCUCGCCAAGCAGCCGCACGCUGAAAUUCAUUUUUCCUCGGCUAAGCAUUUCCACAGACGACCAUGGAGACCUCCGUAGGCAUCGGUCAUGCUCUCUGGAUUGGGCCAUAAAAAGCUGAAAAGAGGCACAGUGGCGCCCCCUACUGGUGCCUGGGAUCAUCUGAGCUAAGAGACACCCGUGCAUAUCUGCUGCUGACUGGCUGGAAAUGAAACUAUUGAGUCUACACCUCAACACAACGCAUGGCUGAUAGUGCAAUGUGGGGGUUUGCAGGGAGCGGUGAGUUGUAAAGUCCCCAGUAUUACAGCACAUGGAGGUCAAAGGACAUCUGAUCACAUCUAUGGGUUUGGGGGCUCCAGAUGUUCAAGGCUGCCAGGACAGCAAGCUGCAGGCGGAGCGUGUUGCAGCUCUGCAGGAGAGGAAGCAGGCCCUGGAGGCUCUCCUCAACAGUCGAGUUGGAGAGCUCAAACAAAUCUGUUUGCAGGAGGCGGAGCUGACUGGGAAGCUGCCACGUGCUUUCCCCCUGGAAACAGGAGAGAAACCCCCACUGGUGCAGCGCAGGGCUGGCCUGGCGCCCAACACCAAGGCGGAGGAUGAGGCUGCCCAGAGAAAGCAGAUGAAAGCCCUCUUCACUGGUGCUUUAUACAGACACUCAGAAACAGACCGAAAUGUCCCAAAUAGCAAGAGGACAGUUCAUCGGGGCUGCCACACUGAGGACACUGUCAUGUCAGAAAGCACGAGCUCCAUGUCCGAUUCAACAUCCCAUGACAAUGUAGAGUCUUCUCCCAGUGUGGCUGCUGACCAGCGCUCUCUAUCCCAGCCCCGCCUCACUGUGGGCAGCCCCGACCACAGGAUCAGCAGGAAACUGUCUCCAGUCGAGAUUUACUACGAGAUGCGGACGCGCCGCAACUCUGUCACCAGCUCUGUUAGCCCGAGUCACUCUCUACCGAGGAGUGCGUCAAAUGUUGAGGGUAGAAGUGUUCCAGCGACUCCUAUGCUGGCCCGAACUGCCCCCAUCAGCGUUCAUGUCAGAUCGGAUGCUUCAGGUGGCAGUGCGCUGAAGCAGUGGUCAGGCAGCCUGGAUGUGCCACAUAUGAUCCCGUUGGCGCAGGAGGGCUCAUCCUCUGACCGCCGAGGCUGCCCUUACAGCUCCCGUGCCAGGCGCAGCAACAGCUCCGAGGCUCUGUUGGACCGAUCCAGCCUGCCUGAUGAUCCAGCACCCAGAAACGGGAUGCCCCCUAGAGGAGGGCCUUACAAGAGCUCGGAGACGUUGACUGACGGAAAGCUGCGGCACAUUCACCUGGGGAGCCCUGAGAGACACAUAGAUGGCUCAGUGGACCAGGCCAAAAUGCGUCUGUCCAUGGGUGGCAGAGCGGCGGGGGGAGGCUACAACGAGCUGUUGAUGGACUAUAUCUGGGGAAAACAGCAGAGGAUGCAAGUGCAGCAUCACCUGUACCAGUCCACAGGCAGGAUCUGGCAGGACGUCUCCUCUCCUCGCUCCUCCACUGCAGCGGUGCCCCCUCAUGCCAACGGCUUCUCCCAUUCCCAGGUGCACCUCCCCAGUGCUGCACCUCCAUACAGCCCCAUGGUGAUGAGAGGGUCCCAGGCUGAGCCACGGAGGGUCAAAGUCACCAGAACCAAAUCUUGCGGGCCCUUCAUUCCCUUGCAGCAGCACCCGCAGGACGCCAUCCUGUUGUCGGCGUACGAGUCUCCCCACCCUGCCUCCGGCACCACCACGUCCUCAAUCCCCAAUUUGCUCCCCUACCAGACCGAGCUGUCGGGCCCGUCCUUCAGCCGCAGGCCUCCGCAGUUCUCUCUCCCCACCCCAGAGGACUCAACGAGAAGCCUGCACAAAGCCCUGGCACUAGAGGGUCUGAGAGACUGGUACCUGAGGAACGCCCUGGGUUACCCUCCGGCUGCCUCAAAGGGCCACGAGGCAGGGAUCUCUCGCCUCUCUCACCCCCACCCGCUCGUGCACCAAGCCCAGUCUGUUCAAGGUGAAGCAGUCAACCUCCACAGGGCUCAGAUACCCCAGUCAGCCAGCUUCCACGGUCACCCACUGCAUGGAAGGUCAAUGGAGUUCUCUCUCUAUCAGGAGCCUGCUCAUUCACAGAUGCAAGAGGCGACGCCAAAGGAGCCCAGUGCAGACCCAGGCACCCUGGUCUGAAGCAGCAGAACACACACACACACACACACACAUAAACACACACAUAAACACGUUCACUCACACCAACACACAGCCUCACAUUCACAUACAAACUGACGUAACGUGACCUCAAAAGCUAAGCAAAACAUGGCAACCUCAGCAGAAAAAGACUGAAAUAAACGACAAACUGUAGCUGUACAGUCUGAAAAAGCCUUGGCGAAAUCCCCCCGUUUCAAUUGAGCCCAACAGUGUAUGAGCAGCGUAGGAGCCCAGUGUUUUAAAGUGGAUGUGCACUGGAACUGACUUACUUCCUCUCAGAGCAUCUAACAAUAAUAUGGUCAUGCCGUACUUCAUAUACCGUAUCGUAAUCCUGGUCCAACACGAGCAGUAAUAUCCUUCCUGUCGUCCCUGAAAAAUCUCCCAAGGUAUACUUUUUUACAGAAUAUAUAAAACUCUAAAUUACUAUUUUGUAUCUUCUGAAAUAUAAAGAAUAGUUAUAUUAAAGAGGUAAUUUAUUGCUCAUUAGUCUUGUGAUAUACAAAGAUGUUAUAUGAACUCGCGUCAUUUGACAAGUAUUUAGACAUGCCGGUGAAUGUGUGUUUGUAAUCAAAACUAUAUACACAGCAAAUACAUGUUCCAGUCUUCAUCUGCCAUUAAUUUUGCAGUCGUUUGUAUUUUUCCAUGUUUUGAUGAAUGAACGGGGGCCACGUACUGUAGCUUAACGGAGUAGCGGACGGGAGUGCCUACAUGUUUUAAUAAAACAAGAAGUAAAAACCUUUGUUAAGAACAUUAAAGUGCUUUCUAUUAAUCUGUAAUGCUAGCAUUAAGCCCUCCUGAGCUUACUCUCUCAAUCAAAAAAUGAAAGCAGGUCACGAUGUCACAAAAUUAGGGUACUUGGAAUGAUGUCAUUUAAUGUAAAUUUCUUUUUUUUUUUUUUUUUUUUGUUGGGUUGGGACUCAGCUCAGUGCUGGGUGACAGAUGUAGCUUUCUCUGCGCUGACGUGAAAGAAUAAUUCGAGGAGUUGUAUGAAAACCUGAGGGCUGUUUUGAGACCUACCGUGCGGCGGCGGCACAUUACUGUAUGACAGUAAUUCACGUGGUUCAAAUCAAUUUCUCUGCACCGAGUUGCGGAGGAAUCUGAGUGUCAUACGGAGCACUUUAUGAACAUCUUAAGCCUUAAUUCCCUUGGAAAUUGUCACAGAGAAAGAGGCGAGGAACCGGUGAGGUUUAGACAGGGUUUCAUGACGGGAAAAAAAAUAAUAAUAACAAUGAAAAAGUGGAGUUUUUGUCAUCGUCUGCUGAUGAUUGCCGGUCUGUAUAUAGAUUGUUUUGAUGAGUUUCAAGCUGAUAUUGUACUCCAGUACUAACAAUGUAAUAUUUAAACUAACCACAUAGGACAUAUUUAGUCACAAUAACCCCCCACCUACCCCCGAAAUAAAGUGUGAGCACUAUUGAAUCGGUUGGAAAAAGCGAACGUGUGAACAGAAUAGGGCUGCUGCAGUGUUAAAUGACGGUGUGAGCAGGUCUCACGCCAGACUACUGAAGAACAUAAUGUUUAUUAGAGUUCAUGCUGAUUUUCCGAUUUUGUAAUUGUAAUAAUUUUGCAUUUAAGUGGUUUUACAAGCUCAGCUGUUGUGUCUCUCUCUCUGUAUUAACAUGCUUUUUUUUUAUUGUUCUCAGAAUAGCCAUGUGUCAUAAUAUAUUUCCAGUGUUGAUACCACUUCUGAAAUGUACACAUCAUUAAGGAAACACUGAAAAUAACUGUUGUGGUGUAAACAGAAGUUGAUUUUUUUUUUUUUUUUUUAAAUGCUUUUUAAUAUCUCAGUUUUCCAUUGGAUGUAUUUGAUCUCUGGCCAUCUUGGACUCAUUUGAAUGUAAUUUUUUAGGUGUGUUUUAAAAAAGAAAAAAAAAAAAGUCUCUUUACUGUAUGCCGUUUUCUACUCUAGUACGAGCUGUAGCACACCGUGGAAUGUUCCCUGGUUUCUUCUGCUGUCUGAUGUGUUCACCUUCAUUCAGUAUCCCAGCUUCUUCUAGCUUCUUCCAGCUGGUAAAACCUGAAAUCAAAGACCAAACUGCUGUGCACUGGGGGUCAUAAAUGUAUUUUUCAUAUAUUGUACUCAAUAAGUUGAAAAUAAAUGAUAUAAAUUUAGCUCUAAAGCAAAUCUAUUCAAACUAUAUUGUAUAUUUAUUAACCUAUAACAUUUUGUAGCUAUUUAGCUCUAUCUCGCCAGUGAGAGAAUUGGUAACGUGUUAAAAGCAUUUCACUCAACAGUAUGAAUUGUAUUAAUAUUUGUUUUUGUGUUGUUUUUUUAAUUAUAAUUUUUUUUCUUUUUUAAAGAUAGGCCUACUGAAGUGUAGCUGUUUUCUCAUUCUCUCCUUUCUUCAUGACCAGGCCUGUGAAAUAAGGCUAAGUAGGCUCUAACAGGCCUGUCCUAUACUGUAUGUAUGAGAUGGUGCAUUCAUUCUACUAAAUAAAGUGUCAUGUUGAAAUCA